AUGGAGCAUGAUGCGUGGGCCAAGUUUCCAUGUUGUUCGAGUCAGCUGGCCAUUGCGACACCCCGUCACGUAAGAGGACCAUUGAUAGCUAAUUCCCGAAGGAGUUACGCAAUGGCUGCCCUACAUCCUUCGCCAGCAGGCGGUGACUCACAUCUGUGUCUUGAAAGGUUCCUGAUUCCUAGUCGUGGGUUACCGCCAUGAACAAUCUACUUCCGCGACAGUGAGGAAGACGUGGCGAACGGAGCGACAAAGACGUCCAUCCAUGACCCCGUUCUGCACCGGGGUAACACAAUGCCUCUCCUUGGAAGAUAUUGCCCUCCUGUCGCUGAGGGUGACCCCGUUUUUGGUAAUCGAUAG